AUGAAGUGCUCUUCGGAACCUUCAAGAAGCCCUGAAAAGCAGGCCAAUGUGCAAACGGCACCAGUCCUGGAAGCUCGUUUUGUUCAGCCAGGGAGAGACAUGCCAACUGCAGAGGAUUUGUUGUCUCUACCACGCGUUUGUGAUAAAAUUCCGCACACAAUCUUCUUCGUAGUCGUGGCGGAGAUGGCUGAGCGAUUCACGUAUCGAUCCCUGACAGGUCCAAUGCAAAAUUACAUCCAGAACCCGCUUCAUGGGUCCACUCAUCCUGGAGCUCUUGGAAAGGGACAAGCUACAGCCACCGCUAUAGGAUAUUUCUUCACAUGUUGGUGCUAUCUAACGCCAAUUCUUGGGGCCAUCGUCGCAGAUAGCUGGUUAGGCCGCUAUAAGACGAUUCUGAUCGGAACUAUUACUGCCACCGUCGGCGUAUCAGUGUUGUUCAUCACGUCACUACCCCUCAGUCUGGAGAACGGUGCUGGAUUUCCAGGACUCGUUGUUGCGUUGUUCAUAAUUGGACUAGGCGCUGGAGGAAUCAAGAGCAACGUCGGCCCGCUCGUGGCAGAGCAAUAUACGGGAAAGAACCCUCAUAUUAGCCUUGACGCUCGUGGUCGGCGGGUAAUUAUCGACCCGGACAUUACAAUUCAGACGAUAUUCAGUCGCUACUACUGGAUUAUGAAUCUUGGUGCUUGUUCAGGAUUGAUAGCAGUUUGGUUGGAGCUGAAAGUCGGCUUCUGGGGAACAUUUUUAGUCCCGCUGUGUAUCUACGCCCUGGCAGUCAUGGUGUUGAUUUGGGGCCGCAAGAAAUACGUUGUGCGCCCACCGGAGGGCUCGAUAGUACCAAACGCCGUCCGAGCACUCUGGAUGGGUUUCAAAAAUAGCAGAACCAUGGACACUGCUAAGCCCUCAUAUCAGGAAGCGCGAGCUGGGGCAUCCAACAUACCGUGGGAUGACCACUUUGUGGAGGAGAUCAAGAUUGCCUUGACUGCUUGUCGCAUACUUUCACCAUUUCCUUUGUUCUGGCUUUGUCAUGGAACUUCCAUUGGCAAUGUGAUUAGCUUGGCUGGCGAGAUGAGCACUUUCGGUCUUCCAAAUGAUCUUUUGGCAGGAAGCGUCAAUCCGUUGAGUAUUCUCAUUCUUAUUCCGAUCUUGUCAGUAACUCCCCAAGUACUCGUCUUCCUAAGAUCAAAACACGUAUUAAGUGGGUAUCUACCUAGUGAUCGUUUCUUGUAUCCGGCAUUACGUCGUGCCAAUAUCCGAUUCUUACCGAUUACGAGGAUAUCGUUCGGGUUCUUUUUCAUGGCAGGCGCUAUUGCCCUUGCGGCCGGGUUGCAGUCCUUGGUGUAUUCCUCGCCGCCAGAGUCCAUCAAUUUCCUGUGGAUAUUUCCCAUUUACAUCCUCACGGCUAUUUCUGAAAUCUUCGCAUUCGUCACCAGCAUGGAAUAUGCCUACACAAAGGCCCCUAAAUCGAUGAAAAGCUUGGUGGCCUCCAUUAACCUGGUCUUAUGUGCGGUAGGUUCCCUUCUGGGGCUGGCAAUUGCACCAACGUCGACGAAGCCCCGAGUUCUGGUUCAGUUCGCAACCCUCAGUGGAGUCAUGUUUGUACUGGCAAUUGCGUUUUAUGUAGUGUUUUCUAAGUAUAACAAAGAUGAGGAGAAGAUGAACAGGGUCGAAAGACAAGAGAAUCGUACCGACACUAUCGCGCCUUAG